AUGGAUUUCGGGUCCCUGGAGACGGUGGUGGCCAAUUCGGCCUUCAUCGCCGCCCGGGGCAGCUUCGACGCGAGCAGCGGCCCGGCCGCCCGGGACAGGAAGUACCUGGCCAGGCUCAAGCUGCCCCCGCUGUCCAAGUGCGAGGCGCUCCGGGAGAGCCUGGACCUGGGCUUCGAGGGCGUGUGCCUGGAGCAGCCCAUCGGCAAGCGGCUCUUCCAGCAGUUUCUACAGGCCCACGAGCAGCACGGGCCGGCCCUGCAGGUCUGGAGGGACAUCGAGGACUAUGACACGGCCGACGAUGCCCUCCGGCCGCAGAAGGCCCAGGCCAUCCGGGCCGCAUACCUGGACCCCCAGGCCCAGCUCUUCUGCAGUUUCCUGGAUGCGGAGACAGCAGCGCGGGCCCGGGAGGGGGCGGGGGACGGGCUCUUCCAGCCCCUGCUGCGGGCCGUCCUGGCACACCUAGGCCAGGCCCCUUUCCAGGAGUUCCUGGACAGUCUCUACUUCCUGCGCUUCUUGCAGUGGAAGUGGCUGGAGGCCCAGCCCAUGGGCGAGGACUGGUUCCUAGACUUCAGGGUGCUGGGGCGGGGCGGCUUCGGGGAGGUGUUCGCCUGCCAGAUGAAGGCCACCGGCAAGCUGUACGCAUGCAAGAAGCUGAACAAGAAGCGGCUGAAGAAGCGGAAGGGAUACCAGGGUGCGAUGGUGGAGAAGAAGGUCCUCGCCAAAGUGCACAGCAGGUUCGUCGUGUCUCUGGCCUACGCCUUCGAGACCAAGACGGACCUCUGCCUAGUGAUGACCAUCAUGAAUGGAGGUGACAUUCGGUACCACAUCUACAACGUGGACGAGGAGAACCCUGGCUUCCAGGAGCCUCGCGCCGUCUUCUACACGGCCCAGAUCAUCAGCGGCCUGGAGCACCUGCACCAGCGGAACAUCGUCUACCGAGACCUCAAGCCUGAGAACGUGCUGCUGGACGACGACGGCAAUGUCCGCAUUUCUGACCUUGGGCUGGCCGUGGAGCUGAAGGAAGGGCAGACCAAGACCAAGGGCUAUGCAGGGACCCCAGGGUUCAUGGCCCCCGAGCUCCUGCAGGGGGAGGAGUACGGCUUUUCCGUGGAUUACUUCGCGCUGGGCGUCACGCUGUAUGAGAUGAUUGCGGCCCGAGGGCCCUUCCGAGCCCGCGGAGAGAAGGUGGAGAACAAAGAGCUGAAGCAGAGGGUCCUAGAACAGGCGGUCACCUACCCCGACAAGUUCAGCCCGGCCAGUAAGGACUUCUGCGAGGCGCUGCUGCAGAAGGACCCCGAGAAGCGCCUGGGGUUCCGGGGCGGCUCCUGCGACGGGCUCCGCACGCACCCCCUCUUCAGAGACGUCAGCUGGCGGCAGCUGGAGACCGGGAUGCUGACCCCGCCCUUCGUCCCGGACUCCAGGACCGUCUAUGCAAAGAACAUCCAAGAUGUGGGUGCCUUCUCCACGGUCAAGGGCGUGGCCUUUGACAAAGCGGACACGGAAUUCUUUCAGGAGUUCGCCUCGGGCACCUGCCCCAUCCCCUGGCAGGAGGAGAUGAUUGAGACGGGCGUCUUCGGGGACCUGAACGUGUGGCGGCCCGACGGGCAGAUGCCAGACGACAUGAAGGGUGGCUCCGGGCAGGAGGCAGCCCCCUCAUCCAAGUCAGGCAUGUGUCUGCUUUCCUAG